AUGUCGCGCCUUCCAGAUCGCGCUUACCGGCGCGCACACUUAUGGUAUAAAAGAUUACCGGCUAGAUCGAUCUCGACCUACUCGCAGCUAAGGAAAGAAGUUAUUAGUCAAUUCUCUUCUCGGCACUAUGACAGAAAAAUAGCGACCCAUCUCGUCACCAUCAGACAGAAGGAGGGCGAGACACUUAGAGAAUACGUCACAAGGUUUCAGGAGGAGCAGUUGAAAGUUGUGCACUGCUCCGAUGAUUCGGCCAUGUGCUACUUUCUCACCAGCCUGGCCGACGAAACUCUUACAGUGAAGCUUGGGGAAGAAGCUCCCGCUACCUUCGCUGAGGUUUUGCAAAAGGCGAAGAAAGUUAUCGAUGGACAAGAGCUCCUCUGGACCAAGACUGGCCGGCCAGAAAAGCAGAUCGAACCCAAGAAGUCUGGCCAAGAUAAAAGGAAGGCUGAUUCAAAGUCUGAAGACAAGGGGUCAUCCUCCUCCAAUAGCCGAACUGAUUAUCGAAGRUUGGAUGGCAGUCUCAACCGAAGCCGACUUUACGAACGGUAUACUCCUACCACCAUCCCCAUCUUUGAAAUACUUACAAAUAUUGAGGAGACUGGGAUGGAAAAACUCCUCAAGCGACCUGAGAAGCUCCGAGGAGACCCAGAAAAGCGCAAAAAAGAUAAGUAUUGUCGUUUUCAUCGUGAUCACGGCCAUAACACAUCGAGUUGCUGGGAACUAAAACACCAGAUURAAGACCUCAUUCAAGAUGGCUAG